UUAUUUUGCUAUGUUUUAUAGCAUAUACCGCGGUACGCCUCAAGUCUCAAGUUGCACAUAAUCUUUUCGCGCCUUCCAACCCGCAUCUUAUCUCAAUAAUUCUCAAGAUAGUUUGGCGCAGGAUCUUCAUCUGAAAACGUUUAAACACUUAGUUAAGUCCUGUUGUUAAUAGUUAAAUAGUGAGUAGAAAUGUCUGCAUUGGAAGAAAUUACAAACACGAACUCAGGGAUCUCGGUAACUGAUCAGCAUAAAUGUAUCGACAAUGCCAACCGCCAGAAAAAUCCAAUGGAACCGUUUCCGGAGCUGCUCAAGUAUGACGGCCCCGACGGUACCGGCGAGUUCGACUUAUACUGCCGACGGAAAGCAGAUAUGGAACCUAAGGCUCUCAAAUGGGCUUUCAAAUUGGCAGAGAAGAAUGUGGGACCACAAUACAAGAGCUGCAGUUUGGGUUGGCAGCCCAAAGUGAAACAGGCCGAUCUAAACAAAAACUGGGCCCGUUACUUGGUUGCUCUUGACAGAAAAAGCCGCAAACCAGCAGCCUACUCAAUGUUCCGCUUUGAUAUGGACUAUGGCCGCAGCGUCCUGUACUGUUACGAGAUGCAAGUCGAAAGCGAAUUUCAGAGGAAAGGCUUGGGAAAGUUCAUGAUGCUUGCCCUGGAGAAAAUGGCCAAACGAUUCGGAAUGGAACGACUGGUGCUAACAGUUCUUAAGAAUAACGACGAUGGCAUGAGAUUCUACAAAAAUCUAGGGUAUGAUAUUGAUGAAAUGUCUCCUGAUAAAGCAGACAACGAGGCUUAUGAAAUUUUAAGCAAAUUAAUGAUUUAAAUAUUAUUUUUUAUUAUCAAUCUUAAUGUAAUAAUGUAAACAUAAAGCUCAAAAA